GCGAAAGUUGAUACCAUAAUCGCAAGUUGAUAUUGAAUAAAUGUUUGUACUUCAAUUCAUUCUUCUCGAUCAAAUGGUGACAGUAUUAUAUAUUUAGAUUAGAUGGAUUGGUACAGAGUACUCAAUUUUAGCAUUUAUUAAAAAAUCAAUACUAAAAAUUACUCCGUAAAACAUAACAGUAAUAUAUAAUAUUAUAUAAUAGUAAUAAUAACAGUAAUAAUAAUUUCUGAACUAAUCUGAUCUGAUCUGAAUGCUUCUGAUCUGAUCUGAAUGCUUCUGAUCUGAUCUGAAUGCUUCUGAUCUGAUCUGAAUGCUUCUGAUCUGAUCUGAAUCUUUCUGAUCUGAUCUGAUCUGAUCUGAAUCUUUCUGAUCUGAAUCUUUCUGAUCUGAUCUGAUCUGAAUCUUUCUGAUCUGAUCUGAAUAAAAUAAGAAUAAGAAAUAAGUAAUAAGAUUAAGACUAAGAGAACGGCUUCUAAAUCUCUUUUUUACAUAAGAAAUGAGAAAUGAGUAAAGUGUAGAGCUGAUAAGCUGAUUAAUACUACGUAAUAGCUUCGACUGUCUUCUCUCAAAGUCUGAUCGAUCUGAUCAAUUUCAGAAUGUCCAACCCUGCGGAAGAGUCAGACAUCUUAGACGAAGCAAGCAAUUCUCAUACACUAUCUCAGCCCGAAAUCGUAGAAGAAGAAGCACCGGGUGGAGACAUGGCGCCGUCAGCUUCACCAGGUACCCUUAAUAGGCGCGCCUCCAAGCGCAAGAGUGGUAAGAAUGCCAAGAAGCAACAGGCUAUAGAUAAGAAAUUGAAUACCCUUAAGAGCAGUUUGAACCCUAUUCCCUUUAGGCCUCACAAUAAUUUUGAUUUUAACUCGCAUGAGAAGCUGAUGAAGCAGCUAGGGUUGUGGGAAUUUGCUCACAUACAGCUUGAUCAAAAUAUCAGGUCUGAUCUGAUCGCUGAGUUGAUCGCGUCUUAUGACCCGAAACUUAGGUGUAGCUAUGUGAAUGACUUCAGAAUCCAAGUCAAUAGAGCUGAUUUAGGGCGGGCCCUUAAGUUACUUAUCAAGAAGGGAAAGGCCUUGCAAAAAGCCUUUGAGGGUGAGGAUCUUGAUGGGGCGUCAUUAUCCGAUGAGUCCAUUAGAUUUAUUGAGGAUUUUGUGUCUAAUUUUGUGCUUUUGCAUGAAGACGCGUGGAUAAUGCCUCGUGAAGUGAUCAGUUGGACAAAACUGAUAAAGGAGAAACGCCCAGAGAAGGUGGACUGGGCUGGGUUGCUCUGGUUCAUGGUGGAUAAGGAGUUAUCACGUGGGGAGCUGUUAGGUGACUGUUACUAUGCUUCCCAUUUGCAGUGCUUAAUCAAGUCACAACGUAAAGAGCUGUUUUCCAGCGAGGAGCCUGAUACAGUUCAAUCGGAAGAGGAGUUCUUGAAUGAAGAGACAGAAAAGACACAGCAUGUUGAAGAAAUGGUCUCUAUGGAUGAGGCUGAAAAUGUGGAAGAAGACAAGAAAGAGGAGGGGGAAAGCAAUGUUAAAGAGGGUCAAGAGGAAAUGACAGUGUUCAAAGAGCCAAAUGUUGAGCUCACAUUAGGCCAGGAUAUCAAAGAAGACAUUGAGAUGGUAGAUCCUGAAGGGCACGUGGAAAAAGAAGAAGAAGAAGACGAAGAACAACAACAACAUGAAGAAGAAGAAGAAAAAGAAGAAGAAGAAGAUGAUGAUGAUGAUGAUGAAGAGGAAGAAGAGAAGGGGGAGGAGGAGGAACAUGGGUUCUUUUUGCAGCAUUGUGGUAGGAAAGAGUUAUGCAAAGAAGAGAUUUUGCAAGAAGAAGAAGAGGAAGAGGGAGACGAUGAUGGUUUUGGUGUUAUGCAGAAUGUUGAUACCAUUGAUGGGGAUUUACUUCAGCACGCAGAUAACACAUUCCUCUCUGGUGGGCCUUUUCUCACUGGUCAAUCCUCGGUUGACUUUUUUUAUCAUGCCUGUAAAAGAGGAAUUGAAGAUGAUGACGAUGAUGACGAUGACCCAUACAUGGCUACUCAUUCUCUUGGGGGGAAUAAGAGACCAAGGGUUGAAAAGGGAGAAGAAGAAGCAAGGCCAUCAGAUGACAAUCAAGGAAGUCUCGGGACAAUCAUUGAUCGAAUAGAACACUUGAUCACCAAAGCUAAGCUUGAGAAUGAACUGAGUCAACGAUCUGUGCAUGAGUAUAGCAUGCAGAAUCAAUAUCUGCUUGGGGAGGUGCAAAAGCGUGACAAUGCGAUCGAACACAUCAGCAAGACAAAGUCUGAGGAGAUCCAAAAGAAAGAAGAGAAGAUUUAUCGGCUGGAGAGGGAGCUUUCCAUGAUGGGUAAUAUUCUAGAUGGUUAUAGGAAGGCAUUGAAGAAUACCCGCAAGGAGUUUGCUGAGUAUAGGGUCCGUGCCCAGCUUCCUGAGGAACCGAUAUACCGAGAUGUGGGGCCCGGCGGUCUAGUGCUGAGUGUUAAUGAAAUUGAGAAGCUUCGUUUAAAACAGGAGGAGGAGUUUAGAUCAAACUGCUUGUUUAUGGAGAUGAAGGCGAGAGAGGCUGUGGAACCUUAUGAUGCCGCAUUUGAAAUGCUUAUGCAGAAAGUUCUUCAUAUGGGCAGCAGGUUAACAAGCCUAUCUGAGGAUUUCAAUGAACUUAAGAAUAAAAAGCUGAGCAAGAAGAGGUAGCAGAUGAAACCUUAUUGUUGUGAUACUUUUUUGCUAGCCUGGGGUAUUAGUGUGUUUAAGUGGCUUUAUCCUGUGAACUUCUAUGUUCUGUCCACUGCUUGCUUUUGUAUUUGUUUAAGGUUGACAAAAUAGUUAUCAGUUUCUUUUCCGUGUGCUUGAGUGCAAAAUUGCAGAAAACCAAAAGUACCCAUGAUCCAUUUUUGUUUUCUGGGAUGCCAAAACUUCUUACUAGUCCAAUAUGCAAAUUGUAUUGUUUUGUGUUAUUUUUUGGCUAAAUUGUGCUUUUAUCUUGUGAACUUCUAAAG